GUAUCUGGGAGGAGUUUGUCAAUACUGAAUUGGAAGAGUAGCUUGUUCAGCAUGUAGCCCCAGAGUAGUUAUUUUUGUAUUUCAGAAGGCUGUGGGUACUGUCAAGAGAAGUGGCGCACAGGGUAGCAGUUAGAAAGGAACGAGAAAGCAGGCUGGAUGCGAACGAAAUCGAACAGAAACUGAACCGAGGAAUGUGUGGUAAAUCGUAGCACUGGGAAAGGAAACAGAAUGAGGAGAGUCAGAGUACUUUUUGUUGUCAUUGGAGUUUUUGUUUUGUCACAGAAGUGUGAUUCACUUUGUCAAAUCAGCGGCGAACUAGCCUUGUGUGAUGGUCGGUCCCUCGUCCGAGUUCCAAUGUUACCCUCUUACGUAACCAGAGUUUCUCUCAGCAACAAUUAUAUAGGCGAGGUCAAUGAAACGUCUUUUGCUGGACAGGAGCAGCUGGAGUCAAUUGACCUUGGGACACAGAAAACGGAGAAGCUUCUUGUUAGGAACAAUGCAUUUCGAGGGCUGACAAACCUGACAUUUCUCCAUUUAGGGGACAUCCAAGCUCUUAUUCUUGAACCCAGUGCAUUUGCGGGGCUGACAAACUUGAAGAAUCUGGUUUUGUUAUACAGUGGCCUUAAUGAAUCCAUUUUGGAGGGGGACUACCUACGUCCCCUUCAGUCGCUCGAAACCCUCAACCUCUUUGGCAACAAGAUCAGAAGAAUUCGGCCUGCCCUUUUUUUCCAAAACAUGACGAAACUUAAAGAGAUCAACUUGAAACUGAACACCAUCAGCAGCAUUUGUGAAGGAGACCUGCUUGGCUUCCAGGGCAAGCACUUCCACCUCCUGGAACUGUCUAGCAUUUAUUUGCGGGACAUGAAUGAGUAUGGUACAGACUGGAAAAAAUGUGGCAACCCAUUCGCAAAUAUUUCUGUGACAGUGUUGGCCUUGUCUGGUAAUGGGUUUAGUGUUGAAAAAACGCAACUAUUUUUCAAAGCAACAGAAGGGACCAGAAUCGAUUACCUCAUUCUCUCCUCCAAUACUAUGGGCCGAUCAAUCGGCUAUUUCAAUCUGAAAGACCCAGACAAAAGGACAUUUGAAGGCCUUGGCAAAAGCUCUCUAAAAAUUUUGGACAUAUCUAAAAAUUCAAUUUUCUCUCUCCAAUUUUCAGUAUUUAGUGCUCUGAAAGAGGCAGAAGUGAUCAUGCUUGCUCAUAACAAAAUUAAUAAGAUUGAGAAGGGUGCAUUUUUGGGGCUCUUCAGUCUACGAGGGCUUGACCUUUCAAACAACCUCUUGGGUGAGAUCUAUCCCUACACUUUUGAAAAUCUUCCAAACGUUGUUCAUAUAAAUCUGUCAUACAACCACAUUGGGGUAAUUGUAUACAAGUCCUUUGAUGGGCUUUACAAUUUAACCACUUUAGAUCUCACAGGAAACUCUAUCACUGUUCUUCAUACAUUUGCAAAAAUACCCAACUUGAAGCAGCUCCUCUUAGGUGAUAAUGACAUACAGUCUGUUUAUGGUCUUCCUGUCUUUGCUAAAACAAGCACCGUAGUUGAAUUAGGGAACAACAAAUUGAGGGACCUUAAAGCAUUGUAUGAAAUCCUUGCUAAUCUACCUUAUGUGCAGACAAUUCUAUUUGGAUCUAACUUGAUUUCGGUCUGUUUCCCCAGUCAUUCCAUACCACCACAGAACAGCCUAAUGGUCCUUGACCUGCAGAAAAAUGCAAUGCAGUCAAUAUGGGCAUCUGAAGCCUGCUUAGAUGUGUUUGACAACCUCAGCAAUCUCCAUAGCAUUUCUCUAAUGGGUAAUGCCCUCCGGUCCCCUUUACCGAAAGGUAUUUUCAAAGGCCUGGUCUCUCUGAAGUCAAUGGACCUUUCUUUCAACAUGCUCACGUAUCUUCCUAAAGAUACAUUCCCGGAAAACCUGAAAUCUCUCGAUUUGUCCCAUAAUAUCUUAAGCUCUCCUGACCCAGACACCUUUCUGUCUGUUGUGCUCAUUGACCUGAGUGACAAUCCUUUCUUAUGUGACUGCAGCUUGAAGGAGUUUCUCACCUGGCUUAACAAAACAAAUACAACAUUCGCAAGCCCCAAGGAAAGCCUGAGAUGUGAGUUUCCCAAUAAGUUGUUGGGUGUUAGCCUCGUGGAUUGCAGUGCAGAUGUAUGCGAGGAGGAUGACGAGAAUCUCAUGGCAGAGCUGAGGAUGGUACUUUUAGUGACCUCCUCCACAGUCCUGGUGCUAAUCACUGUGGGUGGCAUUGCCUUUGCUCAUCUCCGAGGAACCUGCUUCAACGUUUACAAAAGGGCCCUCGCCAGGGUUUUGGAGGGACCCCGAAAUGAUCCUGCCCAGGAUAGGUUCAAGUACGAUGCCUACCUGUGUUUCAGCCAUACUGAUUUCAGGUGGGUGAAUCGUGCCCUGCUCAAGAGGUUGGACUCACAGUUCUCGGAAAACAACCUCCUCCGCUUAUGCUUUGAAGCUCGGGACUUUAUGCCAGGGGAGGACCACGUCUCCAAUAUAAGAGAUGCCAUCUGGCACAGCCGGAAGACCGUGUGUGUGGUGUCAAGAGAGUUCCUCAAGGACGGAUGGUGUCUUGAGGCCUUCAGUUUGGCUCAGAGCCGGAUGAUUGACGAGCUGAGGGACGUCCUUGUCAUGGUCGUGGUCGGGCGGAUCCCGCACUACCAGCUGAUGAAGUACCAGCCAAUCAGGGCAUUUGUACAGAAGAGGGAGUACCUGCAGUGGCCAGAGGAUAGCCAAGACCUGGAGUGGUUCUAUGACAGGCUCACACUGAAGAUUCUAAAGCAGGGGAGAGUUGAGAAGCAAAGUGACAUCAAGCUUCAAAAUAUCCCCAAGUUGUGAAUUUGCCAUACCAAACUAAAACUAAACUACAACCUGAGAGAAAACCACCUCUUUUUGUAUUGUUACGGAGGCUUGUGUAGGGGAAUUAUAAAAGAAACUGCUUUAAAAAUGUUUUUAAAUAAGUAGUAACCAACCCUGAUCCUGGAGAUUGUCACUUCCUGUAGGUUGUAACUUUAACCCUAAUUUGCCACACCUGGCUCUACUAAUUAGCAGCUCAACAACAUCUCUUGCUGUUGAAUGAGGUGUGCUUUAUUAGGGUUUGAAUGAAAACCUACAGGAUGGUAGAUCUCCAGGAACAGGGUUGGUUACCACUGUUUUAAGUGGUAAGUAAACAAACAGAUGCAGUAAUAAGAUUUGUUUUGAAAUUGGAAACAUGAAUCUGUUUUGCAUUGACACUUAAUACAGGCCGCAUUCUUUAUUUUCCAAGGACCCAUUGAAAAAUAUCUCGGCAAAAGUUUUGAUUGUGGGGAGUAUCACCAUGGUGUUUUUUGUGAAUUUGUUCCUCAUUUUCUUCUGACUUGUGGUGACAUAUUGAGGUCAGUGAAUUCACUCAAUUUCCUAUACACGUUAUGUCUUUCCUCCUCUUGUAGGAAGUAAAACUACCCCCCAGCUCAUCGUACAUAUAGUGGACUGUGCACUUUGCAAUCUUGCACACAGCAAAUGUCAUCCUAAAAGAAAGGAAAUGCACAAGCAAGUGUUAAAAAUAUUACAGUCAUUUGUCAAUUUAGCCAUUCUUUUUUAUUUUCAAAACCACUGGACAAUACAGUGGAACAAUAUGUGAAAACAUUGCUCAGAUGAUUGGACUGCAACACUGAACCCAGUUUUCUGACCUCUUAAUCUCAGUUUGAUUGCCCCUUAUUCUCUUUAGUUUUGUUUAUGUUUCAUAUAUUUUGUCAAUGGAACAUGAACUUUGUAUCUCGGGAUCAAGUGCUGUGCACUUUGUUGUCUUUUGUAAUUUGUUUUCUUUCUUUUUUAAGCCAUUUGAUUAUUUUUCUGGAGGAGUUGCCCAUUUUUGUGAAGUCCAAAAUAUGCCGCUUACAAUAAUAAUAAAUCUGAUAAAAAUCCAUCUGUU